AUGGCCCGCGGACCGCUCGCGAGCCUCAGCGAGAACGUGACGACGGUACCCGAUGGCGAGGAGGCGUCGACGUCUUCAUCAACCGAUAGCAUGUCUAAGCUUAGGGAAUACAGAUCGGCAGCGCGAGCGUCCAGGUGGGAGGCUCCGCCGGCUUGCGAGGCACCGCUUCCAGCAUCCCACCAGUUCCAGUCCGUUUUCCAGCCGCGGGGGGCUUCGCUCCUGAUGAGGGACGACGUGGUUGACGGGGGUAUCGUUGAGAAUGAAGACAAAGAGAAUGAUCCAUCCUCGUCGGAUACGACCACGAUGCGUCGCCCGCCGCCAUUCACGGUCCCCUCCGGUCCACCGCCGCCUCUCGCGGCGCUGCCUUCCCACCAACCGGCGUCCACGUCGAGCGCGAUGGUUCCGGUGGGUGACGUGAGCGACAUCGUCAGCGCGGCCAUCGCGGGAGAUCAUCCGCGGCCAAGCGCGGCAAUCAAAGGCGCCGCGGCUGCCGCGAUGGCAUCAAUCGCGGACGUCGUGCGUAGGGCUGUGACGGAUGCAAGAAGGGAGGGUGCAUCCAUCGGUGCCUCCGAGACGCGUCUCGCGCUCCAGAGGUCUACGGCAAAGGCUCAGGAGAGCGCGGCGGCGGCGGUCAGGGCGGCGGAGGAGUCUCAACGCGUCGCCGAAGAGAAGGCGCGAGCGGCCGAGGAGCGCAGAAAAGUUCUCGAAAUCGAGUCCAACACCAAGUCUAAGCAGUUGUCCAAGCAGCUCGAAGAGAAGCAGGGAGAUCUCGGGGACAAGGUGAGGACAUUUCGCGCGAGAGCAGAUGCCGCGACAAACGAGGCGACCGCGCUCAGAGCUGAGCUGAAACGAGAAAAAGAGAAGAACGAGGCGAUUAAAAACGCCGCAGAGAAGAACGAUGCAACCGAGGCUCGGCUCAAAGCGCUGACUGUCGAGGCGAAGAGAGCGAAGGAGGAGGCAAAGAAGCUAAAGACUGAGAUGGACUCGAGGGUGGAAUUUGAGACCAAACAGGUGCAAAGAGAGCUCGCGAACGAGCGCGCCAGGUCCGCGAAAGAGCUCGCGUGGUUUCAGUCGGAGAUGAGGGAGAUGUCUGCGGCGUGCGAUGCCGCGGUGGCUGCGGCGAGGGAGGAAGCAUUCCUAGCCGCAAGAACGGCGGCGGAGGAGACGGCGCGGCUUCGUGCCGAGUUCGCAGAGUGUCGAGAGCUCGUCUCACGCGCGUCUUCCGCGGUGUCGGCGAGGCACAGAAAGUCGCUGAUGACAGUGAUGAAGAAAGAGUCGUGGACGAGAGAUGAAAUGGAACAGCUCAGGAACGAGCUCGAGCAGGAGCGGCAGGCGAGGCUCAAGUUGAAGGCUGCGCAAUUUGAGAAAACAAGUGAACUCGCGGAGGCCCUCAAGACUGUCGAGAAGCUCAAGGCGGAACGUGACGAGGCGGACAGGGCAAAGGUGGCAGCUGAAGCAAAAGCAUCGCUCGUGGACGACGCGUUCAGGUCGCGCGAUGACGCCAUGUCCAUGGCAACGAGCGCGAGGCUGGAGAUGGACGCUGCCACCGCGGCGGCAAAGUCUGCCGCGCAGGAGGUUGAAGCCGCGUGGGCAGCGGCGGCAACUGCAGAGGCCGAGAUGGCAGAAGAGCACAAGAGGGUGCUUGGCGAGGAGAGCGCGAAAGUUUAUCGAGUGGUGCGCAACGAUCUCAGGGCGUUGCGCAGAAGGUAUUUUGUGCGAAUGGGCAAGGACACAUCUGGCGCGGAGAUUGAUGUGGAGGACUGCGACGAGGACAACGACGGCGUCGACAUGGGCCGAGCGCGGAAGAGGCUUGGCAUCGAGGGGUUGGUGUCAGCGAUGAUGGAUUUCAAGCGAAGGGGCGAGGUUGACGCUGAUGCGUUCGGUGACAUGGGUCUUCGUAAAGAAUUGCGCCGGAUGGAGGAGUGUCUGCUUCUUGCGCUCACCGGUGACUUGGAAAAUGGCGCGAACGAGGAGAUCGAGGAGAUUCAAGCCAAAGAGGCGCCUCAGGUAUGCGAAUCACCGGAUGUGGUUAAAAGUAAGCGGUCUUCUCGGUCCGCAAUCGCGGAUUUCAAGGCUGAUCGCAAGGCAGCGCGCGAACGUGGGGGCGGGGUAAGGAAAAUCUCAUCCAUGCACGAGCGGGAACGUGAAGAUGAGAAGGUUUCCGAAGAUAAGGGACGCACGGGCUGCAUGCGCGAACUCACAUCGAGCGACGAGGAUGUCCUCGGGCUGCUCGCGGGGGUCACGCUCGGGAGAUGA